GCCGGCCAUCGUUCGGCGAAAAGUGCUGAGGGUUUUAUCAUGAGCAAACAUGGGAACAACCGGAAGCAGUCCAAGACAAUGACAGGAAGUCAAAGACAGGACCAUCAAGAACGCAAACGGGAUGAGCGAGCAACAAGAAAUGCUUACAGGAAGCAGCAAAAGGAUGAAUCUUAUCUUGCAGACGAUGAGAACUUUGCCAGUUUCGCUACACAACUACAGAUUGUAGGGUUGGAGCUUCGAGAUAUACCAGGAGAUGGGAACUGUCUGUUUCGCUCCUUGGGAGAUCAGCUGGAUGGCCAUGGACGCAACCAUUUGAAGCACAGGGGGGAAACGGUCCGGUAUAUUCUCGAUCACAGAGGGGACUUUGAACCAUUUGUUGAGGAUGAUGUGCCUUUUGACAAACACAUUGAGAAUCUAGCCAAGUCUGGUACCUACGCCGGCAAUGACAGCAUUGUUGCAUUUGCACGUCGGCAUGGCCUGAAUGUUGUUAUCCACCAGCUGAAUGCACCAGACUGGAGAAUAUCAGGAAACGAUCGCCCAGGUACCAGGGAGCUACACUUAGCUUACCAUAAUGGCGAUCAUUACUCCAGUAUACGCAAAUACGGUGACAAAUUACAAGAGCCAACCAAGUUUAAGUCCUCAGACCCAAGCAAACUUGCAGCUGCUGGAAAAAAGGCCAAAUCAAAAGGCAGCGAUGGUUUCUCAACUAAUGGCGCAUCAUCAUAUGAUGUCACGGGUGCAGGGGGUGUGGCUUCUGAAAACAUGAAUAUUGAUGAGAUGGUAAUACAGAUUAUGGACGCUACAGGAUGUCAGGAUGCGGGUCUGGUCAGCGAUACCUUAGAAGAUUAUUAUUAUGACGUUGAAUCUACGAUUGAGUUUAUCAUGCAGAUGGAUCAGGCAGAGUCUCCAUCUUAUGAUUGUGCGGGUGCUUCAGAGAAUGGCAUUUGGUCGUCUGGAGGGACCGGGGCUCGUAUCUUUGGUGCAGUCCUUGAUGAAGGAAACACCAAGAAGACGCAACCCAACAGGACUCCAGGAAGAGGCAGAGGAAGAGGUCAAAGGUCAGUGAACAGCCGCGUCGUGAAACAUCAAAAGAAAGCUGAGAAGAAGGAACGGCAAACGGAGAGACACAAACAGAAACUUUCAGGGAUCGACACGGAGAGUCCGGAACCAGACGACGAUGCGCUGAGUACCGUCUCUGUGCCGAUUGGUCAAAUGGGAGCAUUGUCUAUAUAAAUACAGUACAGUGAACUGUACAAAAUCAAAGUUAAAUUCUUAAAAGUUAUUAUUAAAUUAAUAUGCAACCCAUAUACCUUGUUCAGCAGAGUACAAGAAAAAAUAAUAUUGGGGAAAAAAG